UCGCCUCUUCUUCUUCGUCUCAUCAUCGAGGGUGCUUACAGUGAUCCCAUACACCUCAAGCCUACGCUACUAUCCUGCAACUGCACAAUCACAUCCGCACAAAUCCAUCUACAACCAUGAUCCAAAUUCUCUUCACUCUCAUAUUCGCCGAGAUGGCAUUGAUCGUGAUCUUCGUGUUCAAAACCCCUCUAAGGAAGCUUGUGAUCAUGGGUUUGGAUCGGGUCAAACGUGGUCAAGCGCCUCUCGUUGUGAAGGCCGUCGGAUCAACUAUAUUUGUCGUGAUGAUGUCUAGUGUGUACAGUGUUAUCCGGAUCCAUAACCGCGGGAACAGAGACGACGGCGAUGGCGAACUUACUCCGACGGAUCAGAUUCUUGCCGCCAGACACCUUCUUGAAGCUUCUCUCAUGGGGUUCUCCUUGUUUCUUGCACUAAUGAUCGACCGACUACACCAUUACAUCAGAGAACUCCGUAUACGAAGAAAAAACAUGGAUGCUAUCAAGAAACAAAACCGGAUAAUCGAAAACGGCAAAAACGGAAGCCAAGAUGAAGUUAAAGCGUUAGAGGGCGAACUAACGACUCUAAAGGAAAAACUUAGCCGUCUCGAGUCAGAACUCGACGAAAAGACAAAAGAUGCAAGCAAUGCGGAAGCUAAUGCAAUUGCAUUAAAGAAACAAUCCGAAGGGUUCCUUCUUGAAUACGACCGUUUGCUUGAGGACAACCAAAAUCUACGAGCCCAAUUGCAAUCGCUGGAUCGAAGAUUGUCGCAUUCUGGUGGCAAAAAAGUUACGUAAGAUUCGAACUACUACUUUUGCCUAAUCUAAUACUCUGUUUUCUAUUCGGUUUUUCGAGUUAUUUUUUGGUUUUACAUGUGAUAAAAAUGGUAUGAUAUGUUGGUAGAAAGCUAGUUAGAUGUUUAAGAGGAAAAUUCCAUUUGGUUUGUACAAGAAUGAUUUUGAUAUUUUCAUACAGAAAUGGGAAGUUGCUUUGAUCUCUUCUUGGUGA